AUAAUGAGCCACUUAUCAAGAUAUUCUUGACCUAGCAACUGAACGCUUGUUUGUGUCUGUGAAUUUUUUCGUAAAAUUAUGGUUCAGAUAAAAUACACAAAGUUGUUCAUCAACAAUGAAUUCGUCGACUCUGUAUCCGGGAAAACUUUUCCAACCAUAAAUCCAGCGACUGGUGAAAAAAUUGCUGAAGUUUCUGAAGCACAAAAGGAAGAUGUCGACAAUGCAGUAGCUGCUGCCAAAAAAGCCUUCGAGAGAAACUCAACCUGGCGCAAUAUGGACGCUUCUCAAAGAGGAAAACUCAUAAAUAAGUUUGCUGAUUUACUAGAAAGAGACAUCCAAUACUUAGCCGAAUUGGAAGUCUACAAUUCAGGCAAACCCCUUGACGCUGUCUUGCUUGAACUACAAUACUACGCUGGCAUUUUAAGGUACUACGCUGGAUACACGGACAAAAUUCAUGGAAACACUAUACCAGUUGAUGGAAAAGGAUUUACCCUAACCAAAAAACAACCAGUCGGAGUGGUUGGCCAAAUCAUCCCCUGGAAUUACCCAAUAGGCAUGGCUAUUUGGAAAUUAGGACCUGCUUUGUGUACUGGAUGCACUGUUGUACUAAAACCUGCAGAACAAACGCCUUUAACAGCUUUAGUUUUGGCAGCACUAAGCAAAGAAGCCGGUUUCCCUGCUGGAGUAAUCAACAUUAUUCCUGGAUUGGGACCUGUAGCUGGUGAAGCUUUGGCAAUGCAUAACGAUGUCAGGAAAGUGGCUUUUACUGGAUCCACUGAUAUUGGCCAUAAAAUUUUGGAAUACUCGGCCAAAUCAAACUUGAAAAAAGUUUCCUUGGAAUUGGGAGGCAAAAGUCCUUUGGUCAUUUUUGAUGACGCUGAUCUUGAGGAAGCAGUAGCCAUAGCUCAUGAUGCCAUAUUUGAAAACCACGGGCAAAAUUGUUGCGCUGGUUCCAGAACUUUCGUACAAGCUGGCAUUUAUGAAGAAUUCGUUAAAAAGGCUGUAGAAAAAGCUAGACAAAGGAAAGUUGGAAAUCCUUUGGAGAGUGGAGUACAACAAGGACCUCAAAUUGAUCAACCAUCUCUGGACAAAAUCUUGAGAAUCAUUGCAGAAAGCAAAGAGCAAGGGGCCAAAAUUGAAACCGGAGGUUCCAGAAUUGGUGAUAAAGGCUUUUUUGUGGAACCCACAGUUUUGUCUGGUGUUACUGACGAAAUGUCUUGCGCAAUCAAUGAAAUAUUUGGUCCAGUACAAAGCAUUUUGAAAUUCAACACUCUUGAUGAAGUUAUUGAGAGGGCCAAUAGUACAACUUACGGAUUAGCUGGGGGAGUGAUUACCAAAAACAUCGAUAAUGCUUUGGUGUUUGCUAAUGCUGUUGAAGCUGGAUCAGUUUGGAUCAAUUGUUAUGAUUACAUCACUCCACAAACACCAUUUGGAGGGUUCAAAAAGUCAGGAUUUGGCAAAGAUUUAGGUGCUGAUUCUUUGGAUGAUUACUUGGUCACCAAAGUCAUCACUAUAAUGCUGCCAGUCAAAAACUAAAAACUUGUUAUAUGUUAUAUUAUCGUCAAUAUCUGUGUUUUUUUUUACAUACAAUUAAAAGCUAAAUAUCACUAUUACAGAGAUUUAAUCAAAUUAAUGGAAAUUAAAACUUAUAUAUGAUAUGGAGAUAAUUUUUUGUUUUGCAAGACCAAUAAUUGAAAUUUUUCACCCUACAUUAUAAAUCUUUACACCAUUUAGUUAUUAGUAAACUAAGAAAAAUUAAACAAAUAAAGUUAAUAUUGCAACUAAAAAGAAAAAUUGUUUUUCAAAUACAUAUACAAACAUACGAUGUUUUUUAGUGUAAAUCAGUGGCAAAUAUGUAGCCUUGCUGUUGAAGCACGUACAAACGUUUUUCUACUGCGUCUUUA